AUGAAUAGAGAUGCUUGUUAUGUAUUUGAGACAAUUUCAGAUAGAGAUGUGGUUGCCUGGAAUUCCAUUAUUUCUGGGUUUUCUCAGAAUGGUUCUGCAUAUGAAGCCCUUGAAUUGUUUCACCAAAUGAGAAUGGGAUCCGUCUUGCCUGAUGCAGUCACCUUAGUGAGUGUCUUGUCAGCUUGUGCUUCCCUUAAUGCUCUCCGAGUCGGUUCUUCUUUUCAUGCUUACACGGUAAAGAGAGGUCUUUUAUCCUCUAGUGUCUAUGUUGGCACUGCGCUUUUGACCUUUUAUGCCAAAUGUGGGGAUGCUGAAUCUGCUCGUGUUAUUUUUGAUGGUAUGGACCAGAAGAGCACUGUCACAUGGAGUGCAAUGAUUAGUGGCUAUGGAAUUCAGGGUAAUGGUCGUGGGUCCCUCUCAAUUUUUGGUGAAAUGUUGAAGGCAGAAUUGAAACCCAAUGAAGAGAUCUUCACAUCCAUUUUAUCUGCCUGUAGCCAUACAGGGAUGAUUGGGGAAGGGUGGAGGCUUUUCACUAUGAUUUGUCAGGACUACAACCUAGUGCCUUCAACAAAGCAUUAUACAUGUAUGGUUGACCUAUUAGCUCGUGCUGGAAGGCUUAAGGAGGCCUUGGACUUCAUUCAGAAAAUGCCAGUUCAACCAGAUGUUAGCUUGUUUGGUGCAUUUCUCCACGGUUGUGGACUCCAUUCAAGGUUUGAUCUUGGAGAGUUGGCAAUCAAGAGGAUGCUAGAGCUCCAUCCUGGUGAAGCUUGUUACUAUGUGCUAAUGUGCAAUCUGUAUGCUUCGGAUGCAAGAUGGAGCAAGGUUAAGCAGGUAAGAGAGUUGAUGAAACAGAGAGGGUUGAUGAAAACUCCAGGUUGUAGCCUGAUGGAGAUGGAUGUUGAUCAUGACUUCUCCUUUUCUAGAGCUGCCUCUCUUGCAUAG